CCGGGACUCUUUGGAGUUUUUAGAACUCGGCAGCCUGAUCCAUGCUUCCUUCCCCAAUGUUGCCGAACUCAACGCUCUUUGUUCUUUCAAUGUUACCUCGAGGCUUUUGUUAAUUGCUGAUUUUCUCUUGUUUUUCACCGUUUAUGUAAAUUUUUGCUCGUAUAGCGCAUCUCUUUCGAGCAGAUGGUUGUCGAGUAACAAUUCGGAUCGUGCAGCAAUAUACGAAAAUACGAUCAACUGCCUCCAUACACCCCUGCCACUGUCAUGCGAACCAUUACGGGGCGCGAUCUCUAAUUACCAACGAUAUCUCCAUCUUCCCAUGCCGCCAAAGAACCAGCGGCGGUCGCAUACGAAAUCCAAGAAUGGCUGUAGUCAGUGCAAAGUUAGGCGCAUAAAGUGCAACGAAGUACAUCCGACAUGUUCCAAUUGUGAACGUCGGCAAAUUGUCUGCGACUUUUCACUCUCAUCCGAUGCUAGCAACUCUCCCAGCGAUCCCGCCGAUGGCCGGCGGCAGAGUAGUCAACUUGCAUCGGUCAAGGGAGAGAAGCGGACAUCAUCACAGCAUGUGAUUGAUCCCUUCCACCUGCCUGACCUGGUCAGCACCAAGAAGACUACGGAGCUGGAUAUUACUGAUCUCCAACUGAUGCACCACUUUACCAGUGUGGUUGCGCUGAAUCUGGCCAACUCCCAAACUGCCGAGGCGCUGGCGCUAUGGCAGACGCAUGCAGUCAAGCUAGGGUUCAAGCAUCAUUUUCUCCUGAGAGGCAUCCUCGCUGUUGCAGCUUUCCACUGGGCCUAUCUUCACCCUGAACAGAAAGCCGAGUACGACCUCAUCGGAACAACGCAUCAGAGCAUAGCCUUGACCGACUUUCAAGAGACGCUCGGUCACGUCGACGAAAGCAAUUGCCAUGCGCUAUUCGCCUUCUCAUGCUUGCUGAUUGUGCUUGCUUUUGCUUCCAGUACCAAAGACAAGCCACGAGGCUUCAACAGCGACGUACUACAUUGGUUUUACUUACUGAGAGGCGCAAACAGUGUGCUCAAUCUGCAUUCCGAGACUAUCAAAGCUAGCUUUCUGAAGCCGUUGCUCGAUGAAAUGGGACACAUUGAGAACGCGGCCGCCUACACACUGCCGGACACGGACCAAAUUACCAAGCUCUUUCGUCUUUGCGCAUCCAGUGACCAUGACAAAGAGACCGCCCAAGCUCUUGAUCUGGCUAUUCACUCGCUGCUCAGCACGUUCAUUCAAGCUUCCCUGCUGAAGGCUCGUAAUGACGGAACGAUUUUGACGACUUUUGUUUGGCCGAUCAAUCUGCCGCCCAAAUUCCUGGAUCUCCUGAGUGAGAAACAACCGGAAGCGAUGGUCGUCUUGGCACACUACUGCGUGCUGAUGUACUGGGGCGAAAGCAAAGAUCAGGACACUUGGUUUAUCAGCGGAUGGGCGAGGUACAUGUUAGAGACGGUCAAAGAGUCUGUGCCAGAAAUCUGGCAAGAACACUUACAGUGGCCUCAGAUGAUGAUGAAUGAUAGCAUGAGGCUGUACAACGGCACGGACAUUUAGUAUAGGGUUAUGUCUACCAAAAUGAUCAUGUAAGACUAGGGAGGAACGCAAUUCGGGUUGUUUUGUCUGGAGCCUGGUGUCGAGGCAUGAUAAUCAUCGACCAGGAGGAAUGGCCAUGUAUAUAUUUCGGAAAAGCUGCAAUGGGAUAAAUGUCCCACGGGACGCGCAACAAGCACGCGUCUUUUCAUGAUUUUGCCGCACGAUCUUGCAAUGGGAAACUUCAGUGGCCUGAUACGCAGGAGAAAGGAAUGGAGGAUUUCAAUCCCUGGCGCAGAUGGAGGUGGGCGUUGACGUGGACGCAAGGCUGCUGCUCGGUUCGG